UCUGCUUAUUUAUUCUUGCUCUGUCCCGAAACCCUAAGGCCAAACUGAAAAAUGUGUAGCCUCUCGCCCGACCUCAUCCCCGAAAUCUUAUGCCGUGUUGGCGUGGAAGAUCUUCUACGCUUCAGGUGCGUUUCAAAGCCAUGGUGCUCUUUGAUUAAUAGCCCUGAUUUCAUCAAGCUCCAACUGUCCUACUCCCUCUCAACCAACACCAAUCUCUCUCUUAUUCUUAGAAGCUCCUACCUCUUCUCUGUCAACUUUGACUCACUCCAAACAGCCCAAAAACUCUACCACCCACUUGAUGAAAACGAUGAGGGUGAAGGAACUGAAAUAUUGGGUUCUUGCAAUGGUUUGCUGGCUUUGUGUAACGGUGAGGAGGAAAUAUGUCUGUGGAAUCCUUCAACAAGAAAGUCCCUGAUGUUACCUGUUACCGAAAUAGAGUUUCCACCCUGGUUUUGCUGUGCCCAUUUCAUUGUUUAUGGAUUGGGUUAUGAUCCUGUUUCUGAUGACUACAAGUUGGUCCGGAUGGUGCAAUUCUAUGGCAAGUAUGUUGACUCUUUCGCUUCUGAAGUUAAGGUUUUCAGCUUGAAGACCAACUCUUGGAGAAGGAUCAAGGACUUCCCUUUUUAUCUUAAAUACAAGCGAGCGUAUGGGAUUCUUGCUAACAAUGCUUUGCAUUGGGUCGUUUCUAAAAAGCCCGAGUCGGAUACUGAGAGCUUUGUUGUUGCUUUCGAUCUCGGGACUGAGGAAUACCGUGUGGUGCAACUGCCUGAUUGUUUAGAUAAGGGGUUUCAUAUGAAUGUAAAAGCCUUGGGAGGUUGUCUUUGUAUGAUUGCUAAUUAUUGGAAACCUUAUGUUGUUGAUAUAUGGAUGAUGAAAGAGUAUUGGGUGAAAGAAUCUUGGACUAAGUUGUUAUCUGUGAAGCAAACUGAGGUCGCUUUGUGUUUUGAUUUUGUGUUGCCUUUGGCCUAUUCGAGAUGUGGUGACAAAAUUUUGUUGAACCGGGAUGACGAGAAGUUUGUUUGGUAUGACCUGAGAAGGAAAAGAGUUAAGAAUGUAAAGAUUCAAGGUGCUCCAAGUUCAUUUGAAGCGGAAAUGUUGGUUGGGAGCCUUGUCCCUCUUAAUGGUAAUGGUGCAAUGCUCAACAAGAAGAAGCAAACUGAUAAGAAAAAGCAGAAAAAGAACAAGAAGGGGAAUGAUUUCUUGUCGCAAGGGUUUCACUUGGUGUUAUAAGUAGAAGCAGAAAAAGGAGAAAAGAAAUGAGUUGCUCUUUCUGGAUCUUUUAAGCCAUGGUGAUGUUGCUUUUGUGUUGUAUCCUUCCCCAUCUAAGUGGAGAAGCUGCGCCAAGGCAAGCUUGAUACACCCUGUAAAAUAUCCGUUUCAACUUGUCAGCUGAGACAUCUACAACCUUGCAACUAAGUGCUGAACCAAAAGAUACAUAGUUUUUCGUAUAACAAAUUGUAUGUAGAUAGAUAGAUUAAUCUUCAAACCAGAACAAAAUAUUUAUCUCAGAUGAUGGUUAACUGUCCAAGAGCGACCUAGGAAGGGUAUGGUCCAUUCUUUCAACUUAGGCCAAAAAUGAUUUUUAUUCUUUUAGUGCACUUGGAGGAAUUAUAAGUACUCUAAUGAAGUUUAGUUUUAUUUUAAAGUUGAAACAUAAUAGAUUUUGAAGCCGUUGUUAGAUUAUCCUUUUCUUUUUUGUCUUUAUAUCAAUCUCUUGUGCCAACAUAACUAAAUUGAACCACAUAACUUCUAC